CCGCCUACAUUACGAUCUCACGCCUGGCAGUAGGAAAGCCCCCCCCUUUUGAUUCUUUCCCCAGGAAAUCACAUGGAGGUGCAGAUGUACUCACAUGACAGUGUGAGCGAUGGAAGGGGAGCUCAAUGAAGGAUCGGUCCCUGUGUAUUAUAGGGAAGUGCAUCAAGCUAUCAGUAGUAGGACGGAUGAACGUGUGUCAAUCGAUGUGUUCCAAAGACUCCUUAAGAGGACCAAUCUCUCUGUCACCAUACAGAACCAGAUAACAGAGCAUGUAGAUAAUGGAGAUGGUUUUCUAAGCAAGUUGUCACUCUAUAAAGCCCUGGCGCUGAUUGCCCUUGCUCAACAAGGCAAGCAGCCGAGCCCCAAACUCUUGGAGAACUGCAUACAAGAGUUCCCUAAACCUCAGCUGGGAGACCCAAAGGAGCUGCAGGCCCUGAGAAUACAACCAGCUCAGGAGAAUCCUCUUCUUAUGUAUUUAUCUCUGGAGAACCUGCUAGGCAAGGACACUAUAAAGGUGGAGCUCAUCCCUGAGAAGAAAGGCCUGUUCCUCAAACAUGUGGAGUAUCAGGUCACCAGUGAACGUUUCAAAACGUCCGUCUAUCGGCGUUACAGCGACUUUGAUGUCUUCCAUGAGCUUUUGCUUCAUAGGUUUGCCUACAGAAUGGUGCCUUCCCUACCACCUAAAAGAGUGCUUAAAUCAGUGUUGAACUCGCAGUCAGAGAGAGAGUUCAUUGAAGGACGGCGACGUGGUUUGGGCAGAUUUUUGAACCUCGUUGCCAGGCAUCCCUUUUUCUCACAGGACGAGCUUGUUAAAAUAUUUCUCACAUUCAGCGGCUCGGAUGUCCAAAUAAAGCUGCGGGAUUCUUUCAAGAAAAUGGGAGACGAGUUCAUGACUUAUACACUUGCAACACAAGUCAAGGAAUACCUCCCUUCGGACAUCCAGGUCCUGUUUACUACAAGCCGAGAGCUGAUCAGAAAUAUCCACAACAGUUUUCAGAAACUGCGUGACCGAGCGGAAAGAAUGGCAGAGCGGUCAAAGGAGAACUCUACAGAUCUGCUCAUGUUUGGGAAGGAGCUUAGUACAUUGGGUUGUGAUCCCUCACCCGUGCCUGUCUUGGACUCAUCUAAGAGCAUGUGGGCUGAUUUGAGAGUUUCUCUUCAUGGCUUUUCCUCUGAAUUCUCCCUGUUAUCAGAAAAAGCUGCCCAACAGGGAAGAAGAGAAGAGGAUGAUGUGGUGGAAAAACUGAACUUCUUCCUGGAUUUGCUGCAGUCGUACAGGGACUUGUGUGAGCGUCACGAAAAGGGUGUUCUACAUGAGCACCAGAAGGCUCUUCAGAAGUACAGUGUGAUGAAAAGACAGAUGAUGAGUGCAGCUGUGCAGCCAAAAGAACAGGUGUCUGUGGAGCAGCUAGAGUCCCGCAUUGUCCAGCAGGAGAAUGCAAUCCAGACGAUGGAGCUACGGAACUACUUUUCCCUGUUCUGUGUGCAUCAGGAAAGUCAAGUGAUAUUUGCCUACCUCCCCAUCACCUCACACAUUCUGGGGUCUUUCGUCAAUUCACAAGUGCAGAGUCACAGUGAGAUGGGCCAGGUUUGGAACAAUCUUCGCUCCAAGCUGAGUGGACUUUUUGCAGACAGUAAUGGUUGCCAGUCUCCUCCUCUCACGCCAAAAUAGCAGAGGAUGAGGAACGACGCUGGGCUGCCAGAACGACUUUGCACAAUUUUCUUUUCCUUUAUGUAUCCUACAGUACACUACUGCAUGAUGAUAACUUGCUAAUUCUCUUUUCUCACAUGCUGAGCUUGAUGCCGAAAUGACACCAACAUAUUUUGUAUGAAACUGCUGUUGUAAAGUAGCUUAAAGGAAAAGCAAUUUUGCUCUUUAUUACCUUUAAAAAAAUUUAUUUAGUCCUAUAUGCUAUAUAGGUCAUUAUUAAGCUAAUGAUAGUUUUAAAAACAACACUCCAAUUUGUACAGAAUCAUAAAGAACAUUCUGUAGAACACGUUUACAGACAGAGGAUGGCAGUAUUGCUGCAAACAGAACGAUUUUUAUUUUAAUCCACAAAAAAAGCUAUCUAGUAUGUAACUGCAAAACAGAUUCAUAGUUGCAACGUCUGAGCCCAAAUCAAUUCAAGUGCACUCAAUUCAAGCAUGCUUUCAUAAUAUGCAUAGCAGAAGAAGAACUAACAUCUGAAGAACAUACCAAAAAAUAAUCUCAGAUGUUUUCUUAAGGCAUUAAGAAAUGUCUGAAUUACUAGAGCUCAGGUGGAAAAAUGAAGUUAAGCGAAAGAAAAAGAUAGAUAUUAAAUGUUUAGUAACUUAAAGCAGAGAAAUAUAUAUUCUAUUUUAAUGGUUUUACUUGUAUAUGAUAUGUCAGUAUAUCAUGCAUCUAUUAUUAUGUUUUCUGAUUUAUUCACAGAACCUUUAUACACAUUUUGUAGAAAUUGAGUAUCCAUGAGUUGUGCAUGAGGAAUGUGUUGUGCAUGAGGAAUAUUUUGGAUAAUUUGUAUAUUCAUUUACUUUUAUUUGCUUGAUUGAUUUAGCAUGUGCCAUAGUUUGCCCUCUGCUGGCAAUAUGAGCAAAUUACAGCUUGUUCAAAUUAAUUCCCCAGCUGCCUGUUUUAACCCAUUAUGUUGUUAUAUGUACAUUUUUGUGCUAAUCAGCAAUAAAGCAAGAAAUGUGUUUUCAA